UUUCGGGUAUACGCAAAUCACUCUUUGUUUCCGUCGCCUAACACAUUUGGAACGAUUCUCCUGCGCCUCGCCGUCGUCUGGUGAUUUAGAUCGAGGUUAAGAAGUAAUGUCAAGAGGCAAAUACAUAGUCGGUGCCCUUGUGGGAUCUGCUGUUGUUGCCUACGUCUGUGACAAAGUCAUCUCCGAUGAUAAGAUUUUUGGAGGUUCUACACCUGGAACUAUUACUAACAAGGCAUGGGGUGCUGCUACUGAAGAGAGGCUCCAAGCAUGGCCUAGAACCGCUGGUCCUCCUGUUGUGAUGAACCCUAUCAGUCGCCAGAACUUCAUCGUCAAGUCUCGCCCUGAAUAAGUGCAUCCUUGUUUCUUAUUUGAUACGGAUUGAUUCAUUUGCUCGCUAUUUUGGCAAUUUUCUUUUGAUUUUGAGGAUCGGGUAUUUUUCUCAGUAAUAAUUUGUUGUGUAUGGAUGGAUAUGAUACACAUUAUUGAUUCCAAUCUUUUCCAGAUGCAUUGCUUUUUAAAGUA